AUGUCAAAAACUUCCGUCAAGCGUGUAGUCAACGCAAUUCAAAAAUUCUACCCUACAGCUUUAGCUGAUAAAUCUUGGGAUAAUACUGGUUUACUAUUAGACUCAAGUGUGGAUGACACGAAUCAACUGACCUCCCCAAUCAAAGUUUUGCUUACAAUUGAUCUCACUCAACCUGUUGCUGAUGAGGCCAUAGAGAAAGGAGCAAAAUUCAUAAUGGCAUACCACCCAUUUAUUUUCCGUGGACUAAAAUCGAUAACUCCUCAAGAUCCUCAACAAAGGUCUUUAUUGAAAUUGGUUAAAAAUGAUGUCAGUGUGUAUUCACCUCACACAGCUGUUGAUAGUGCCAAAGGUGGGGUAAACGAUUUCUUAGUUAAUGUAAUUGGUGGUAGUAACAUACAAAGCUCUAGUCCUAUAGAGCCUGAUUCUGCAAACCCCGAAUGCGGAAUGGGAAGAUUAGUUAACCUUAUACAACCAUCUACUUUGAAAGAGCUUGUACCAGUAGUCAAGGAGCGGUUAGGCCUUGAUCAUGUUCAAGUCGCUGAAUCCAAAAACGGACCGAAUCAUGAAAUAAAGUCAAUUGCUAUUUGCGCUGGAUCAGGUGGUGGAGUCUUUAAAGGCUUACAAGCUGAUCUAUAUUUUACUGGAGAGCUAUCACACCAUGAGGCUUUGUUUUUUAAGGAGAGUGGAUCUUCAGUGAUUUGUUGUAAUCAUUCGAACACAGAGCGCCCAUUCCUAAAAUUUAUUCAAGAGCAAUUGCGUAAGGAAUUGAACUCAGAUGAUGAGGUUAUCAUUAGUCAGACUGACAGAGACCCAUUUCAAACAUGGUGA